AAUUUUUUUUUUUUUUUUUGCUCUUUCAGCUUACAAUCACUAACAAACCACAACCACAAAUGAGGUAAUCUCAAAAAUUUUUAUAAACAUGGAUAAUCAACAACAACAACAACAACAACAACAGCAGCAGCAGCAGCAGCAGCACUAUGCAACUACUGGCAGUGCUGCAGUACAGCCAGUCGCCACCUUAACACAACCGUUAAAUUCAAGCAGUGAAUAUGCAAACAUACCCAGUUCGUAUAUGACAAUUGACAUGAUUCCACCCCCGCCACCGGCAGUGCAAAGCAUAUCAACACCAGGAAGUUCUACUACCACGUUUAAGACUCCACUUUUACCCAUGCCAACAUUAGAGGAUAUUGAGGCUGCAACUGUCAGUCAGCCUAUAAUAGCUGGUAGUAUACGUAAGUAUCCUUCGACGAGUGCGACAACAAAUGUUAUACCUUUGAGUAUGCCACCACCACCAUUGGGUGUAGGACCAGGACCACCACCUGGCGUUGUUGGUAUCGCAUCGUCGCUAACACCAACUGCCACAUCAGCUGUAGUCGCUACCGGCAAUCUUGUCAGUUUGACUAGUACAAAUAUUGACGCGACGACAUGUGGCACUUUAAAAAGUACGGCCAAAUUACAAACACCCGCCACGCUGACCGCAACAAGUAAUAUUGCUGCAGGCAAUAAUAAUUGCAAUACUGCCGCUACGACUUCCACCUCCGUUUCAGGUAAUAGUGGUACAAGCGUGCCACCACCACCCCCUCCGUCGCAUACAUUACUCACUUCAACUGCCAGCUCAAGCAAGAACAGUAGUCGUAGUAAUUUACAACACAGACCCGCCUCACCCAAGUGCUGUGCUUGUUUCGGUUCUGGCAACAAACAGGGGCGUAACUCUUACAACAACAAUUCAGCUAACACACAUCCUACAAAGUCGUCAGGCUCAACGCUAUCAACGAAAUCGAACACAGCUGGCAACACAACGAAGAAGAAUAGACGACGACACCGUAAACACAACUCUCAAACAAUUUGGUCUGCGGUUCUUACCAAUCUGGGCAUAUGUGCUCUUUUGUUAGCCUACACACUGUUAG